AAACUUUUUUUGGUAGUUUUUUUGGUCAAGGUGAAUGAAAUCAUUCCAAAAAUCCAAAACAAUUUUGACCUAAAACUUGGGUUUUCUGGAAGAAAGUUGUAGAAGAAGGGAUAAGUCAGUUUUCUCCAUCACAGUCCAUAUCCAAAUCAGCAACAGUUUUGGAACUAACCAGAGUCCAGAAAUAAAACUUGGCAAAAAAAUAAAAAAAAAUCUGCACAAGAGAUGAUACAUUUGGGAAAAUUUGCAUGGAAGAGUCGACAAAUAUCACCAGCUCAAGUUAAUGGAUGCUAACAAACUGCUAUUAAGACAGAGUGAUGAAAUUUAAAUCAGAAGCCCUUUCAGCAAAGUAUUAGUUUUGUGGCGUCCAAACUUAUGCAACAAGAUUAAUCUUCUCCUUUUUUAAAUUUUUUUCCCCCUCUAACAGAUUUGUUCGUAUUUUCGUAUAGUUAUAUAGGAUAUAUGUUACGUCGUGGUGUGACUUUUUAAAUCGUAAUAAAUGGAAUUUCAAUAGUGUUCUGUAUGCUUUUUAGAUCCUUUUCACCUAAUAUAACUCCUUUAAUUCUCUUACAGCUUUUGGUUUGGGUUUGACAGGCAAAGCUUGUUAGUUGCCCCCCACCCCCGGCCUCUCUCUAUCUCUCUCACUCCCUCUCUCCCCUUACUGGCGUGAGCGCAUGCGCACUGGGGAGCGCACUGGUCAGUCUGAGAAGCAGCUGUUCGGGGCUGGUGAAAUUCCAACAUGGCAGUGGUCGUGGUCAGUGUUUCCUGCGUUAACUUGGGAUGGUUUCAGCUCCAGCGCAGCCCGGCUUAACCUCGACACCCGGCAGUAGCCCCUCCUCGGGAUCGAUGCGACCCCAACCCACCCCUGCGUGAGGGGUCAACCUGUCGCCGAAUAAGAACAAAUAUUUAUAAAAAGGAGGAAAACACACAGCACGACAUGAUCAGCAGCAGCAGCGUCUAUGAUUUGGUCGUUGCAUGGACGAGUUUUUCCAGGUACAAAAUGGCGCCACACCGGGAUGUUUCUUAGCCCUAAGCAGGCUUGAAGAUGCAGUGGACCCCCGAGCAUAGCCAGUGGGCCGAACAGCAUUUCGACAUCUCCUCUACCACCCGCUCACCAGCCCACAAGGCUGAAGCCUACAGGGCGGUGUCUGGCCACCUGCAGCGGUCCACCACCUACCAGUACGCCUGGGCCAAUGAUGACAUAUCUGCCCUCACCGCCUCCAACCUGCUCAAGAAGUACGCCGAGAAAUAUUCCGGGAUUCUUGAGAUGCCAGGCUCUUACUCCGAGGUGCCUGGGGUCCCCGCAGUGAUGAACGGUCGAAAAGCUGAGUCUGAGCCCUGGCAGGAUGGUGUCUACCCCAUGAGCUGCAUCCCAGAGGGACUUUCUGUGAGAAAGGGAGGUGUGGCUGCUGCUUCUGAAGUGGUCUCUGGUAUCUGCAGCUCCCCGGGCCUGGCUUCCAGCACCCUGAGCGAGCCCAGCUACUCCAGCAGCAGCUGUGGGAGCCACUCCGCUACGGCUCUCCACUCCUCCUCCAUGACCUCUCAGGAAUACGGCCCCACAUACACCGGAUCAUACCUGCACAGUAGUUACAGCUCCCAGUCUGCCCCCGCUGCAGCCCUUCCCUCCCCACUGCACAGCUCUGGGCUCCUGCAGCCCCCUCCGCCACCUUCCCACCCCACCAUUGUUCCAGCUUACAAUGGAGGCUCCCCCAACUUGUCUGGUUAUAAUUACCCCCCAGCAGGCUAUCCAGCUCAGAGCGCAGUUGGGCCAGUAUACAGCCCCGGAGGAGCACCCCCUCCCUCCUCAUACCUCCCCUCAGGCAUCGCCGCUCCUACUCCUCUCCCUCCUUCCUCUGCCUUACCUGGAUACCCUUACCAGAGCCACAACCUGACCCCAAUUGCCCCCACUCCCCUCAACUCUAGCUCCUCCAACACGUUGAAAAGGAAGGCGUUCUACAUGACAAGCCAAGGAGAGAUGGACUCAUCUUAUGGUAACUUUGGCUAUCCCCAGGCACGGAGCUCAACGGAGAGUCCAAUGUACAGGGGGGCAGACAGCAGCAGUGCAAAUGGAGGCCCUAACAGCGGAGGUGGGGGUGGCUUUGACAGGAAUCCAGAUAAAUCAUCCUUACCUUUUAAUCCUCAGAAACAGUCCACAAUGUCAUCAGAACAGCAGCAACAGAGAAAGUACGGCAGCCAGGCAGCAGGUGGGCCGCUGACUCCCCCAGCCUACGUUUCCUCCACCCUGGGGGGCUCACGUUCAGCAGACGCUCUUGCCAGCUUCACUUCCCCUUCCCUUAGUGAGCAAGGUGCUGAUGAUCACCGCCUCCACCUUUCCCACUCAGCACCAGGGCCUACCUCUUCCUCAUCCUCUGCCUCGUCUCGCCCUGCUGAGGAGCAAUUGAAAACCUGUGACCCUCACCUCCUGGACCUUGUGACCUCAGAAAUUGUUCAGCAGGGCCCUCCUGUGGACUGGAGUGACAUUGCUGGUCUAGAACUAGUCAAAGUUACCUUGAAGGAGGAGGUCCUGUGGCCCAUUUUACGUCCAGACAUGUUCAGUAGUUUAGGACUGGCCCCUCGCUGUGUGUUGCUUUUUGGCCCGAGGGGCAGUGGCAGGACGUUGCUGGGUCGCUGCCUCGCCAGUCAGUUGGGGGCAACAUUUCUCCAGCUCAGCGGCUCAACUUUAGCCACCAAGUGGCUGGGUGACGGAGAGGAAAUUAUCCGUGCAUCAUUCCUGGUGGCCCGUUGCCGGCAACCCUCGGUACUCUUCAUUAGCGAGGUGGACAUGCUCCUGUCAGCCCACAUCAGUGAAGAGAGUCCAAUCACCCGACUGAAGGGGGCACUACUCACCCAGCUGGACUCUCUCCUUAUGAGCUCAGGUGAAGAUGGUGGCAACCAAGUCCUAGUUAUUUGUUCCACAAGCAGACCUCAAGACAUGGAUGAAGGCCUGCGAAGGUACUUUACUCGAAGGGUACUAGUGCCCCUACCGGACAGCGCAGCUCGACACCAGAUCAUGAACCAGGUCCUGGCCCAAUCCCAGCACAAAUUCUGCUUAAGCGAGGAGGAGCUGGCACUGCUGGUGCAGCGUACUGAGGGUUUCUCUGGACUGGAUUUGGCCAGACUCUGCCAGGAGGCCCUUGUAGGUCUAUUGCAUGUCUCAGCACAGGGCAUGGACAUGACAGGCAUGAUGCCCCGGGGCCAGAUCAGGCCCCUGACCUACCAGGACAUUGAAGGUGUCUGUUGUAAAUUCCAAGCCAGUAUAUCGCAGAAAGAGAUUGACACUUACACCGAGUGGAACAAAAUGUUUGGCUGCAGCCAGUGAACAAAUAGGCACUGCCCUUGAGAAAAAGAGGCUUCCACAAUUCCUCCCCUCAGGGCAUAAGCAUUGUGCCAGAGGGAAAGGUCCACAGAAGGCUGACACAAGCCUGCUGUGUCCUCACAGAGAACCUGGUUUGACGUGACAACAAGCAGUUUUGCAGUUAAUGAGAGAAUUUUAAUACAAGUGCUUGACAAGUCAGGCACCGUUUACACAUUUCAAACAAGUCAGCUUCAUGUGAGACACCCUAGUGUCCGUGUACAUAUAUUGUAUGUUGUUGUUCUUGAGAUUUAGUUGGCUAUCCAAGUGCCUGAAGUGGUGCUUUCUGAGUUCUCUUAAUUUGCCUCACAAUCUAAAUUCAUGGCAUGAGCUGAUGAUUAUUAAGAGCUUUAAACCUUCAGCAGAGAGUCUGAAGAACGGAUUGACAGUUAGCAGCGGGGGUGGUUAUUCAUCAUUUAAUGUCUUUUGUUGCGGCGGUCUAUUGGGAUGGCGAGAGUCUGGGCCCUACAUUGCGUGUCUGCAAAACAAACAAACAAACAAACAAAUAACUCUCAGGAAAGCAUUUGUAAAUUGUACAGUACCUUGGGAUAUCUCAACAAAAAGCACUAAGAUUUGAGAAGAGAAUCUUUCACAUUUAGGUGGACCUCAGUGGGGCUGGGUUAAAAUCACAAAGAGGUGACAAUGAAUGUACUAGAUGUGUUCUGAUCAGUAGAACAUGAUCUACAGUGAGAGUAACGCAUCGUGUCUUUAUUUUCCCAUCAAAGCAGGUUUUUUAGUUACCUGCAUCUUAACCAAUCCUGAAAUGUAUUUCCUUCGUUCUUUACAAACUGUAAUACCACUCUGCUGCCUAGCUUGGGUUGAGGUGUUAGAAGCAGGCAGGUGUAUUGAGGCCGGUAGGUGUUGUAGAUACACAUUGUUCAUGUAACACAAUCUAGGCUAUGUGGUCAUGCUGUUUGGAAGCUCCAUCAGUUUAUCAGGCGUUUAUUUAUUUAUAUUAUUUUGUCAUAUUACUUGUAAAAAUGUUCCUGGGUGUAGAAAAGCAUUAAAGAAAAUCAAAUCUGAAAAUAUACAUGCUAGUGAGCCUAAUGGCUAAUUGUAGCCAUAUGUGGGACCUUAUCCUCCAACUCUUAAAAUAAAAUAAGCAAUCUUUUAAAAGCAUUCAUAUCCUUUGAACUUUUUCACAAUUUGCAACAUUAAAAUAAAACGUUUAAUAAGUAAAAUCUGAAUAGUGUGGUAUGCAUUUGUAGUUGGCACUCUUUAACGUGACCCUUGGAUUGCCAGAAGAGUCCCAACUGUGUGUAAUUUAAUAUCUUAAUAAUGCAGCUGUUCUGUAAAGACCAUGCUUGUAGUGAAAUACGGUGGUGGUAGCAUCAUGCUGUGAGGAUGCUUUUCUUCAGUUAAAUAUUUAAUAUAUAUAAAGAAUGGAGGUAGGAUAUUUAUGUUAAAAAAACAUGGCAGUACCUAGACGUGCGAAGCCGGUAGAGGGCCACCCCAAAAGCUUUAGUUACAGUGAAGAUUGCUUCUGCAAAGUAUUCACUCGAGCGUUGAAUAUAAAUGCACUCCACACUUUUGAGAUUGUCAUUUGUAAAACAUUUUGAAAGCCAUGACGUUUUCCACCCACCUCAAAAUUAUCUGCUACUUUGUGCAUGUCUAUCUCAUGAAAUCUCAGUAGAAUAUAUUAAAGCUUGUGAACUUAAUGUGAUUAAAAAAUGUGAGUUCUAUGGGUGUGAAUACUUUGGCAAGGCUCUAUCCAUAUCUUAAAAUGGAAAGUUACCAUUACCAUAGUAUCAAAGAUGAGUUCCAAUGUCACAUCUAUGAUGUAUUCAAUUAAUGUUUGGUAUUAUUUGACAUCAUUUCUUACAUUUCUUUUAUUUCUGUCAGCAUCCAGGAAGCUAAUGCUUAGUGUGUUCAGUUUAAGGUCUAGUCAAAAUGCCACAUUCUCUGUCUGUUUUGCUGCUUCUAAUCUUUUCUGUAGAAAUGCUACUGAAAUUUAAAACAAGAAAAGGAAAACAAGAUUCGUUCAUCCAACUGCUCAUUUAUUCUUGUUAAAGAUCAACUGAGUUAUAUUAACUGGUUAGGUUGAUUCGAUUUGUUUCCCUUUUGGUUAGUUACAAUGCAAAGUGUGGAAAUGGAGUAAAGUGAGGAAAAGAAAUUGUUGUCCAUACGUCUUGGAUUUCUUUUUUGAACUAAAACUUGAUUGUUUGCAUUCAGUGCUGUAAUAAAACAUGAUGUGGGUCUGAUAUAAUAAUAAAUACUGCUAUUGAUAAAUGAUUAA